AUGCAGAAUGUGUGCAUGUAUCUGAACACAGCAAGCGAUCCAACAAUUGAAAGAGUACUUACGCCACGAAUGGCGCUCACAGCUGCUGAAUUUCUUGCUUAUCAAUGUGGACGACAUGUGGUGGUUGUUAUGACAGACAUGACAGCGUACGCUGAAGCACUUCGAGUGGUAUCGGCAGCACGUGAAGAGGUUCCUGGCCGACGUGGCUUCCCAGGGUAUAUGUAUACAGAUUUGGCAACAAUAUUCGAACGAGCAGGUCGUAUGAAAGGACGUUAUGGAAGCAUAACUCAAAUACCGAUCUUGACCAUGCCAAACGAUGGUAUGUCAUGA